AUGUGGGAUCGUCUUUGCAUAAUUGACAUCACAAACGGCGAUCAACACACAUCAACUGCUGGCACGACGAGGCCGCUCGACAUUGUUAUAGUGUCGGUGGCUCCCUCGGCGGCCUCUGCACCGCACUUGCUCUCAAGUCACCCUCAGAGACAUCGUAUCACGAUCCUCGAGCGCAAUGCGACACCAUUGCUACAUGAUCAGGGCGCAGGUAUAGUCGCGGGCGGGGACACUCUCGCCUUUUUCAAACGCUAUGACCGUUGUGGAAGACAAUUCGCUGUUUCAUCGCAGAGACGCCAAUAUCUCAACAAGGAAGGGGAAAUCAUAUACACAAAAGACAUGGUGCAGAGUAUGACCAGCUGGGAUCUGGUCUACUAUAUGCUGCGAGCGAACGUGGACGGCGUAGAAAGUGAAUACUGCGAUGUGCCCAAGCAAAGAGCUGAGGGUGGAGAUGUCAAACAUUUACAUGGGUACAAGGUGACAGGUGUAACAGAACAGGAAAAAAAGGUUCAAGUGUCGUAUCAAACAGUCGAGGGUCAUGAGGGUACAUUCGAAGCCGACCUUGUCAUCGGUGCCGACGGGCCAAGCUCCACGAUCCGCAGCGUCUUCGAGCCAAACUUGCAACGCACGUAUGCCGGAUAUGUCGCCUUACGCGGGACCAUUCGCGAAGACCAAGUGAGCCCAGAAACCCGCGAGGCCUUCUCGGAGCGUUUCACCUUUUUUCACGCAAAGGGGAUCCAGAUCCUCGCGUACCUGAUUCCGGGUGAGAAAGGCACCCUGGAGCCAGGCCAGCGCCUCAUCAACUUCGUCUACUACACCAACUUCCCGAGCAAAUCCCUCGAUGUGCCAUCGCCCGAACUCGCCGAACUAUUGACCGAUAUAGACGGCCUACGCCAUCGAAUAACGAUGCCGCCGGGGAAGACCGACCCCAAAGCGUGGGAGAAGCAGCGCGAGAUCGCAAAGGAUAAGCUACCGCCGCAGUUUGCCGAGAUUGUGCGUGCUACCAAAAAGCCAUUCGUGCAGGCAAUCACCGACGUGGCCGGCCACGAGAACGAGUUCCUCGGUGGCAAGGUGAUCCUCAUUGGAGACGCACUGGCGGGAUUCAGACCUCACACGGUUGCUAGCACGAGCCAGGCUGCGUUUGAUGCCAUGACAUUGGCAGAUAUGAUCGAGGGGAAGAUUGGGAGAGACGAGUGGAAGAAAAGCACACUGGAAUAUGCACGGCUGGUGCAGAAACGCGGUGUUGACAUGGGCAACCGCAGCCAGUUCGAGGACCUGCCAGUGGAAGAAAUGAUCAAGGACCGUAAUGUCGCGAGCCAGCCGAGGGCAGAAGGUGGAUGUAUGUGA